GACACCACUUGGACGGGCAGUUGGCUUCUCCCAUGCUCGCACCGUGCGGCUUCACUGCUUAGCUCGCCAACCUGCGAACAAAGCUUAUUGCAGGGAGGCAGGGAGAGUAAAGCGGGAGUUCGACGUGGCAGCAGAGUGACAGGUCACUCAGCCGAAGCUUCGGGACGCAACCAGGCAUUGCCUCCCUCCGCGUGAGCCGCCAUGGUGAAGACCGGUAAGAAGAAGGACCUGAUGUCAACGCAGGUGCUGUUGGCAUCAUCGGGUCUAGCAGAGUUCUACAAGUAUUUCGAGCAGGCCGGCCACGCCAUGUUCGACGCCAUGACGCACAUGAGCGACCUCCGGGUGGAGCAAAUCCUGCUGGAGGUGGAAGCCCGGUGCGGUGUGACCUUCAAUGCUGCGGUGAGGAUCAAGCUGUGGAAGGCCCUUCGGUACCAAUGGUUCCGCGGGCCUGGCAAAGGCCUGCCCUUUAUCGAGCGCGUGGACGUUCCGCAGCUGUACUUGCCUCCAUUGGAGUGGCACGAGCAGGAUAGCAAGUUCAAGUUUUCCGACCUCGAGUCGGACCGGCAGCGGCAGGUCGUCCGAAAGAUCAAGCAGCUGGCGCCCGGAGAGACGGGGCAGUCGUUGCAGACCUUCCAGUUUGAGGUGUACACACGCACCCUGGACCUGAUCUAUGAGUACCGUGACCUAGAGAGAUGUGUGCAGGAAUGGGAGCGCCGCAACCCGCGCUCCAUGAUCCAAGAGGACAUGCGCGAGGAAGUGAUGCGAAUGCGCCUCAAGAGUUGUGUGGAUUCGGCCAACGCCAGCAUCGCGGUGCGGAGGGCCCGCGCGCAGCGCCUGAAGAACUUCUCCUCGACGCUGGUGGUGAUGCAGCUGGUGAUGUUCUCUUUGUGCAUCGUGAUGCUCUUCACGGCCUUUGCGGCCUUGAACGACACCCCCGCGCAGCUCAUGCUGAUCUUCUUCCUCUCCAGUAAGCAGUUCUUGUCAGCGAUAAUCUUCUUCGUGGCGUCCGUGGUGUCCGGGGUCGUCUCCGAGCGCGCGAAGCAAGACCCGCUGAUCCGGGAGCUGAAGCGCACGGUCCUGAGCUGUGAGCGGCUCAUCGAGCGCAUUAGUGACUUCAGGAUCGCCACCGAGGAGCUUCGACUGCAGAAGAACGAGGCCAGGAAGAAGGGCGUGCCGGUGGGCCUCAACUUGAACAUCUCCGCGGAGGGGAAGAAGCAAGACGAGGAGGGCGACAGCUACGAUGACGGGAACCAGGUGCGGCAGCGACCUGGCAAGAGGAAGAAGAAGGCCCAGCCCAAGGACGAGGCACUGAACCUCUGGGCGCCCGAUGCCGGGAAGCUGGAUGGCCCGGAGCUGAAUAUGAUGCAGAAGCAGCUGGCGCAGAGCUUCAAGCGCUUGGGCGCCAUGCCCUCCGAGAUGCGCCCGAGCGGCGACCGGAUGCGGAACUUUCGAGAACGCCUGGGCGGCGUGGCGGAGGAGGAUCUGUGCGUGCAGAUCACCAGCAAGCAGCAGAAGAAGCGCCACGCCUACGUGGAGCAGCUCAAGGAGGAGGCGUUGGCCAAGCUCCCGAAGAAUCGCCCGCCCCCGGCGCUGCAGCUGGCCGCGAGUGGCUUGCAGGGGCCCCCUGCGCAGACCCUCGGCCGCGAGCUGCGCGACGCCGGCGGGGCGCUGCUGCCGCUGGCGCCGGCGCCACCGCCCCCCGCGCCCCCGCGCUCGCGCCUGGGUGGUCUACACUUUCACGCGCCCCGGGCGACGGAGGAGAAUGCGCCGUUGCUGGGAGGCGCCUCCAGCAGCCAGCCCAAGGCCUCCGCAGCUGCCGCAGCAAGUGUGUCACCCCAUGUGCCCCGCCAUCAGGACUCCAGCCAGCCCUGAACUGGAGCCAGCCGGCCCGGGUUCGCCCAGCCCCGCGGGGCCUUGUACAUAGGACCUUUGACCUCUUCUUUGCAACGGAAAAGCGUGCAAAGCACAGGC